AACUCGAGCCCCUCGCGGGUCUCACCCCUGCCGUGGAGGCUGAGAUUGGAGAGGAAGUGGGGAGGCUUCACUCAGUUCCUCACUCCCGCGCCCUCAUGCCCCCACCCUUCCCUGCACCGAGAUACUGCGCUCCCGGUCCCCUCCCGACGCCUCCGGAGGGGAGCGGCCGACGCCAGCGCGCUCGCGGGAUAAAGCGGAGAUCUGCCGGCAGCUGGAGCCCACCAGACAGGUCGUCCGCGUCCUCAGCACGCAGCGAGCUGCCCAGCCCCGAAGCAGACCCCAGGGUAGCCCCGGGGAGCGCUGUGGCCGGAUGCGCGGCUGCGUCACUUCCGGGCGGUGCAGCGGCGGCGGCUUGGAAGAUGGCUGCGCCCUGUGGCUCGGAGCUGCCCGCCAACUCGCCGCUCAAAAUUCCGAAGAUGGAGGUGCUUUCCCCGGCUUCUCCUGGAGACCUGAGCGACGGGAACCCAUCACUGUCCGACCCUUCCACGCCGCGGGGAGCCUCCCCUCUCGGGCCGGGCAGCGCGGCGGGCUCGGGGACCGCGGCGUCCGGGGGUCUCGGGCUGGGGCUGGGGGGCCGCAGCGCUGCCUCGUCCUCGGUCUCCUUCUCGCCCGGCGGCGGCGGCGGUGGCGGGGCUGCGGCGGCCGCUGCCGCCGCCUGCCGGGGCAUGUCGUGGACGCCGGCAGAGACUAACGCGCUCAUCGCUGUGUGGGGCAACGAGCGGCUGGUGGAGGCGCGGUACCAGCAGCUGGAGGGAGCCGGCACGGUAUUCGGCAGCAAGGCCCCCGGGCCGGCCAUGUACGAGCGCGUGUCCCGGGCCCUGGCCGAGCUGGGCUACGAACGGACCCCGUCCCAGUGCCGGGAGCGCAUCAAGACCCUUCGCAGGUGUUACAGUCGGGUGAAAGAACAUGGUGUUGGGAAAAGAAAGAGCAGUUACACAUUUGAACAGUUGGAACAGGUGUUUGGUCAGGGAGGAUGGGAUGCUCAGCCCUGCCAGCCUGUACUUAUUAACAGUAGUGGCUUGUACCAGGAGCUGGAGUCAGAUGGCAGCACUAUGGAGGACUAUUCACAGGAGGACUGGGGAAACCACAGUCAGGAUCUCCAUGGCUAUCCAACAGAUCAGGAAUUGGAUGAAAUGCCAGUUUCAAAGAGAACAUUAAAAAUAAAGCAAGAGUCUUCCGAGGAAGCACAGAAACGAGACACCAUGCAGAAUAUUGUACAGAUUUUGGAGUCAGUCCAUUUGAAAUGGGAAUUGUUUCAGAGCUGGACAGACUUUUCAAGGCUCCAUCUUUCCAAUAAGUUGGCCAUUUUUGGAAUUGGCUAUAACACCCGCUGGAAAGAAGACAUCCGUUACCACUAUGCUGAGAUCAGCUCACAGGUGCCCCUUGGCAAGCGUCUCCGGGAGUACUUCAACUCUGAGAAGCCUGAGGGGCGGAUAAUUAUGACCCGAGUGCAAAAAAUGAACUGGAAGAACGUUUACUACAAAUUUUUAGAGAUCACCAUCAGUGAAGCUAGGUGCCUAGAGCUGCACAUGGAAAUUGACUGGAUACCCAUUGCCCACUCCAAGCCAACUGGUGGGAAUGUUGUUCAGUAUUUACUGCCAGGAGGGAUUCCAAAAAGUCCAGGUCUUUAUGCCAUUGGCUAUGAAGAAUGCAUUGAGAGGCCUCUUUCACCAGAUGUGGAGCGCCAGGCCCUGGACCCAGGAAAAGAGGGCCGGGUUGGCUUGGAAACCCUCUCAGCACAAGCCUCAUUACAGGUGGAAGUAGAGCCCACCCGGAUCGUCUACUGCUACCUCGGUAUUGCUGAGGUCAGGACUCUGCAGCAGUGCUUGUUUUUACAUUUCCAAGCAAAUACCAAAACCUUCAGUAAAGAUUGGGUUGGCAUUAAUGGGUUUUUGUCUCAGAACUGUAUUGUGGAUCCUGGAGUUUCCCCUAAAUCCAUCUAUAUCAAAUUUGUAGAAGUAGAGAGGGAUUUUCUUUCCGCUGGCUCAUUAGUUGAGUGCCUGGAAAAAGCCAUCGGAUACCCCUUAAAAUUUAACAACUGAGUGUCAUCCUUCAUAAGGAUUUGGGCGUGUGCAUUCUUUCCCUAGUUCCGUUACCCAUACUACCCCACAUCCAGAUGCUGCCAUCAGACUCUUCAUGGGAACUCUUUCCACGAUGAGACCAAUGCAACCUCUAAAGAAUCAUACUAGACUCUGGGCAGAAAAAGCAGACCUCACCUGAAUGCUCAUUUUGAGCAAGCAGGUCUUGCAUGGUGGGUCCGUUCUUUUUUAAAAAAAGGUAACAUCGAUUUUUAAAUGGAUUUUAGAGCCCUGAUAUAAACAAAUGUAGGUACAUUCCAUAUUGGACAAAACUUAUACUUUGAGUUUCAUAUGAAAUUGAAAAUUGUAUUUUUUUCACGUUUCAUUUUUACACAUCUCUAUAAGUAUUAUUUACAACCUUGAAUAAAUAAGCAAUAGAUAAUGGCAAGUAAAUCUUGAGUCACAGUAAAUAAGGCUGUUUUUCAAUAUUACCUUUAGCUACUAUUGUAUAUAAUUUAGAGUUUCAUUUUUUCACCAACCAAGUGUUUUGCUAUUUCCAAUCAGUGUUGCCUGCAAAGACUUUUGUUUAUGUGAUGUACCAACUUUUAUGGUUGUGUUGCCAUUUAAAUUAAAAAAAAAAAAAAAAUUAAAGGAA